AUGAGCGCAACAACAACCAUCACUGCUCCGGUGGAGAUCACCGCUGACAAUGUCGCCACCCUUUUCCCCGACGUCGACACCUCCCUCGCUCGUGACAUUCUCCCAUCCGCCACUAGCAACACCUCGCGAGAGGGUACAGAACUCGAGGGGUAUGAUGAAGAGCAGGUCCGUCUGAUGGAUGAGGUGUGCAUUGUGCUGGACAACAAUGACCGACCCAUUGGCAGUGCUAGCAAGAAGGCUUGCCACUUAAUGACCAAUAUCGACAAGGGUCUUCUCCACCGUGCCUUUUCUGUUUUCUUGUUUGACUCCAAAAAUCGCCUCCUGCUUCAGCAGCGCGCUACCGAGAAGAUCACUUUCCCCGACAUGUGGACCAACACCUGCUGCUCUCAUCCCCUUGGAAUUCCCGGUGAGACAGGUGCUGAACUCGACGCCGCCGUUGUUGGAGUAAAGCGUGCUGCACAGCGAAAGUUAGAGCAGGAGCUCGGCAUCAAGGCUGAGCAAGUGCCUCUUGACAAGUUUGAAUUCUUCACCAGAAUCCACUACAAGGCACCCAGUGAUGGCAAGUGGGGUGAGCACGAGGUCGAUUAUAUUCUUUUCAUCCAGGCCGAUGUCGACGUCGUACCUAACCCCAAUGAGGCCCGUGAUAUCUGCUACGUCUCCCCAGAGGAGCUGAAGGCAAUGUUUGAGAAGCCCGGGCUCAAGUUCACACCAUGGUUUAAGCUGAUUUGCAACUCCAUGCUUUUCGAGUGGUGGAGUCACCUGGGUACGCCGGCCCUAGACAAGUACAAGAAUGAGCAAGAGAUUCGUCGGAUGUAA